AUGCCAUCAUCUAUAAUACCACUACGUGCAAGUUCCAUUGAUAUUCAUCCAAAUGCAAAAUGGGCACAGAACGGAAUCACUGUUGCUGGAGGAAAUGGAAAAGGCAGUGAAACCAAUCAACUCUGUUAUCCAUGUGGUUUGUACGUCGAUGAUGAUCAAACGAUUUAUGUCGCUGAUUAUGCAAAUCACCGUAUUGUGAAAUGGAAAUCUGGUGCAACGAAUGGAAAAGUAGUUGCUGGUGGAAAUGGAGCUCAUCAGUUAAAUCACCCAGCUGAUGUGAUUAUCGACAAAGAGAGCGAUAGUCUCAUUAUCAGCGAUUACGGGAAUAGAAGAGUAGUUCGAUGGCCUCGUCGAAAUGGUACUCGUGGAGAAACAAUUAUUUCGAAUAUCUCUUGUCGUGGUUUGACCAUGGACGACAAUGGUUCUCUCUAUGUCGUUGACAAUAAAAAACACGAAGUGAGACGAUAUAAAAUGGGUGACACUCAAGGAAUUGUAGUUGCAGGUGGCGAUGGAGAAGGAAAUCAUCUCGAUCAACUCUCUAAUCCCCGCUACGUAUUUGUCGAUCGAGAUCAUUCAGUUUAUGUAUCUGAUAAUGGAAAUCAUCGUGUAAUGAAAUGGAAAGAAGGUGCAAAACAAGGCAUUAUCGUCGCCGGUGGUCAAGGAGAAGGAAAUAGUCUUACACAAAUGUAUUAUCCUCAAGGAGUCGUUGUCGAUCAAUUGGGUUUAUCAUUCGAUCGACAUGGUAAUCUCUAUGUCGUCGAUAACGAAAAUCAUCGAGUACAAAAAUUUAAUAUCGUAUGAACUUCAAUACGAUGAUGAAUUUUAUUUUAUUUUUUGUUCUCUUUCUCUUUCAAAUAAAUCGUGAUUGAAUGAAAAAAUGAUUUCAUAGCUAUUCUAUUCUCUUCGCGCGCGCGACCAGGAACCAUCCUGGUGGAGCCGUGGCGAGCGUAAAGCUCAUGCACGCGCGGGAAGACCCACAUCAUCCACAUGCACCCAUCCGAUGUCAUAUGUCAGUGAGUCUGGGGGGCCCGAUCGUGUGCCACGGACACCAAGACAGUUCCUGGCCAGGCUUUUAGGGACUACCCGGAAGUCCUUCUUAUAAAGCGAAACCCUAAACUCAACGUACCUCACUCACCCUAACUAUUCUCAUCUCAACAAAGAAAAGAAAAAGAAAAACAUGAAUAUAAAAGAUCACAAGAGGACUUACCACCCUCUGUAUGAUCCAAUAAAGACAAAAAAAAGGAAGAAAAAAAUAAAAACUGAUACCUACAUUUUUUUAUUGUCUUGAU